AGAGCUAAAUGCUGGCUAAAGCAGGUGUCAGAUUGCGAUGAGCUAGGUGGCUCUGGGAAUACUCAGAGCCCCAGGAGUGUCUCUGGAAAGUCUGGCUACAAUUCCUCCGCAUCCGCCUCGGACAGCUCCUCAACUCCGCUGGAACACGCAGAGUGAAAAUGGUCCACCACUCAGGCUCCAUUCAGUCCUUUAAACAGCAAAAAGGUAUGAAUAUAAGCAAAAGUGAAAUAACAACUGAAGCGUCAUUAAAACCAUCUCGGAGAUCCCUGCCUUGCCUGGCCCAGAGCUAUGCUCAUUCAAAAAGCUUGAGUCAAUCUGCUUCACUGUUUCAGUCAACUGAGAGUGAAUCUCAGGCUCCAACUUCUGUCACGUUUCUUUCUGCUGAUAAACCUGAACAUGUUACUUCUGAUGAGAGUAAAAAAGAUUCUACCCUUAAGUGUUCCUUUGCUGACCUCAGUGAGUUUUGCUUGGCUUUGGGGAAAGACAAGGAUUACAUGGAUGAGUCUGAACAUGCCAACUAUGAUAGAUCGCGUCUCCUUAACGACUUUGUUACCAAAGAUAAGCCUGAAGCCAAGACAAAAUUAUCUAAGAAUGACAUGAAUUACAUAGCAUCCAGUGGACUCUUAUUCAAAGAUGGCAAAAAGCGAAUUGAUUACAUCCUCGUUUAUCGAAAAACAAAUAUACAAUAUGAUAAAAGAAACACAUUUGAAAAGAACCUGAGAGCAGAAGGCUUGAUGUUGGAAAAAGAGCCAGCAAUUGCAAACCCUGACAUCAUGUUUAUUAAAAUUCACAUUCCAUGGGACACACUGUGCAAGUACGCAGAGAGGCUGAACAUCAGAGUGCCCUUCAGGAAGAAAUGUUACUAUACUGACCAGAAGAACAAAUCAAUGAGCAGGGUACAAAACUAUUUCAAGAGAGUCAAGAAGUGGAUGUCCCAAAACCCAAUGGUCCUUGACAAGUCAGCAUUUCCGGAGCUGGAGGAGUCAGACUGCUACACUGGCCCUUUCAGCAGAGCCAGGAUUCACCACUUUAUAAUAAACAAUAAGGACACCUUCUUCAGCAAUGCUACUCGAAGCAGGAUAGUUUAUCACAUGCUGGAACGCACCAAAUAUGAAAAUGGAAUAUCAAAAGUGGGUAUCCGUAAGCUUAUCAAUAAUGGCUCAUACAUAGCAGCAUUCCCCCCACAUGAGGGAGCCUACAAGAGUAGCCUUCCCAUCAAAACCCAUGGACCUCAGAAUAACAGACAUCUGUUGUAUGAGCGCUGGGCACGCUGGGGAAUGUGGUACAAGCAUCAGCCUCUGGACUUAAUCAGGAUGUACUUUGGGGAGAAGAUUGGCUUAUACUUCGCCUGGCUGGGAUGGUAUACUGGAAUGCUGAUUCCUGCUGCAGUUGUUGGCCUUUGUGUUUUCUUCUACGGAUUAGUUACAAUGAAUGAAAGUCAAGUAAGCCAAGAAAUUUGUAAAGCCACUGAAGUCUUCAUGUGCCCUCUGUGUGACAAGAAUUGCUCACUGCAGAGACUCAACGACAGCUGCAUCUAUGCCAAGGUAACAUAUUUGUUCGAUAAUGGAGGGACAGUUUUCUUCGCUAUUUUUAUGGCAAUUUGGGCCACAGUCUUUCUUGAGUUUUGGAAAAGGAGAAGAAGCAUACUGACUUACACUUGGGACCUUAUUGAUUGGGAAGAAGAGGAGGAAACACUUCGCCCCCAGUUUGAAGCAAAAUAUUACAGGAUGGAGGUAAUAAACCCCAUCACUGGGAAGCCGGAGCCUCAUCAGCCUUCAUCCGACAAAGUCACACGACUUCUUGUGUCUGUCUCAGGAAUCUUCUUCAUGAUCUCCUUGGUCAUCACAGCAGUGUUCGCAGUUGUAGUGUACCGUCUGGUUGUCAUGGAGCAGUUUGCAUCAUUCAAGUGGAAUUUCAUCAAACAGCACUGGCAGUUUGCUACCUCUGGUGCUGCUGUCUGCAUCAAUUUCAUAAUCAUCAUGCUGCUGAAUCUUGCUUAUGAAAAAAUUGCAUACCUCCUCACAAACUUAGAAUAUCCACGAACAGAAUCAGAAUGGGAAAACAGCUUUGCCUUGAAGAUGUUCCUCUUCCAGUUUGUCAAUCUGAACAGUUCUAUCUUCUAUAUUGCAUUCUUUUUGGGGAGAUUCGUAGGCCAUCCAGGAAAAUACAAUAAACUUUUUGAGCGGUGGAGACUGGAGGAAUGCCAUCCGAGUGGCUGUCUGAUAGACCUCUGCCUCCAGAUGGGAGUCAUCAUGUUUUUGAAGCAAAUAUGGAACAAUUUCAUGGAGCUGGGAUAUCCGUUAAUCCAAAACUGGUGGUCACGACAUAAAAUCAAACGGGGAAUACAGGAUGCUUCCAUACCACAGUGGGAAAAUGACUGGAACCUUCAGCCUAUGAACAUUCAUGGGCUAAUGGAUGAGUACUUAGAAAUGGUUCUGCAAUUUGGUUUUACUACCAUCUUUGUUGCUGCUUUUCCCCUGGCCCCUCUUUUGGCUUUAUUAAACAAUAUCAUAGAAAUUAGAUUGGAUGCAUAUAAAUUUGUUACCCAGUGGAGGAGGCCUCUGCCAGCCCGAGCCACUGACAUAGGUAUCUGGCUUGGAAUUCUUGAGGGAAUUGGCAUAUUGGCUGUGAUCACCAAUGCAUUUGUAAUUGCUAUUACAUCUGAUUACAUCCCACGUUUUGUCUAUGAAUACAAAUAUGGCCCUUGUGCAAAUCAUGUAAAGCAGAAUGAAAAUUGCCUAAAGGGAUAUGUCAACAAUAGCUUAUCCUUCUUUGACCUGAGUGAACUUGGUAUGGGAAAAUCUGGUUACUGCAGGUACCGAGACUAUAGAGGCCCCCCUUGGAGUUCCAAACCCUAUGAGUUCACCUUACAGUACUGGCACAUCCUGGCUGCUCGAUUGGCCUUCAUUAUUGUAUUUGAGCAUCUUGUUUUUGGCAUUAAGUCAUUCAUUGCAUACCUGAUUCCUGAUAUACCAAAGGGCCUCCGUGAGCGCAUACGACGAGAGAAAUACUUAGUUCAAGAAAUGAUGUAUGAGGCUGAACUGGAACAUUUACAGCAACAGAGAAGAAAAAGUGGUCAGCCUAUUCACCAUGAAUGGCCUUAG